AUGGUGCCCUCCAUUUUUCUGAGCACCUUUUUGCUUCAUUUUGCUGUUGCUGUGGCUUCAAAACCGCAAUAUAUCCUAUGGAUCUCGUCUGUGAUGCAGAGUCAUUCUACAGAAAAGGCUUGUCUCCACCUUUUAAACCUUAAUGAAUCUGUAUCCUUGAGUGUUGUCUUAGAAUAUGAUGGCUUCAAUACCACUAUUUUUGACCAGUCUGUGGAAGAGGAUAACUUCUAUGCUUGUGCAAAUUUCAAGGUUUCUCAGAAGUCUUCUGAACAGUUGGCUUUUGUGACAUUGUUGGCUAAGGGAGAUACUCUUAAAAUCUUUGAGAGGAGAUCUGUAGCACUCGCUUCUGAAGAGACGGUAACCUUUGUGCAGACAGAUAAACCCAUCUACAAACCUGGAGAGAAUGUUCAAGUUCGUAUUGUGACCCUGGACACCAAGUUCAUACCUAUUGAGGAUUUGUUUCCUUUAAUCACACUUCAGGAUCCUCAAAACAAUAGGAUUUUUCAAUGGCGAAACGUGACUUCUUUUCAAAACAUUACCCAACUCUCAUUCCGAUUGACUUCAGAACCAAUGUUUGGAGAUUACUCUCUUGUUGUGAAAAGAAACUCAGAAAAGAUGUUGACACACCAGUUUACUGUUGAUAGAUAUGUGUUGCCAAAGUUUGAAGUUAAGGUCAGUGUGCCACAAACAGUAACUAUUUCAGAUGAUGAAUUUCAAGUGGAUGCAUGUGCUAGGUACACCUAUGGUCAACCUGUGCAAGGGAAAGCUGAAAUCUGGGUGUGCAGAGAAUUUGUUUACUCUAGAAAUUGUGAGAAUGACAACAAUGAAAUAUGUGAACAAUUUAUUGUACAGUUAAGAAAUGGUUGUGCUUCUCAAAUUGUAAAUACAAAAGUCUUCCAACUCUACCGUUCUGGAUUUUUCAUGUCCUUUUAUGUCACUGCAACAGUUACGGAAAUCGGGACAGGUGUGCAGAUCAGUGAAAAGUCUUCUAUUUCUAUCACUCAAUUGCUUGGGAUUGUGAACUUUGAGAACAUGGACCCUUUCUAUAGAAGAGGAAUUUCUUAUUUUGGAACUCUUAAAUUUUCCGGGCCUAAUAACAUACCCAUGGUGAACAAGUUAUUGCAAUUGGAGCUCAAUGACAAAUUUAUGGGAAACUACACCACAGAUGAGAAUGGUGAAGCUCAAUUUUCCAUUGACACUUCAAAUAUAUUCGAUCCAGAGUUCAACUUGAAAGCCACAUAUAUUCGACCUAAGAGCUGCUAUCUUCCCAGCUGGUUGACACCUGAGUAUAUGGACGCUCAUUUCUCCGUUUCACGCUUUUACUCCCGAAGCAACAGCUUCCUGAAGAUUGUUCGUGAACCAAAGCAGCUUAGAUGCAAUGACCAGAAGAUUGUUACUGUGCAAUACUCGCUGAACAGUGAAGCAUAUAGGGACAAUUCAAAUAUAAACUUCUUUUAUUUGGUAAGUCUCAGGUGUGAGCCAGGAAACUUUUCUCAUUGUAUCUGUAUGACAUUUCCUAUUUACACAGACUGGAAUGGAAACUUCUCGUUCCCAAUCAACAUCAGUACUGAUCUGGCUCCUGUGGCCUUCGUGCUUGUCUACACCCUUCACCCCAGUGGGGAAAUUGUGGCUGACAGUGUCAGAUUCCAGGUUGACAAGUGCUUUAAAAACAAGGUUAGCAUCGAGUUCUCUAAGGAGCAGGGGCUGCCUGGCUCCAAAACCAGUCUCUAUCUUCAAGCAGCCCCUGACUCAUUCUGUGCACUCCGGGCUGUGGACAAAAGUGUUCUUCUACUGAAAUCGGAACAACAGCUGUCAGCUGAAAGCGUGUACAACCUGCUUCCAAAUAUAGAACUAUAUGGUUAUUUCUAUCAUGGUCUCAACCUUGAUGAUGGCAAGCUAGACCCUUGCAUUCCUCAGAAGGAUAUGUUUUACAAUGGUUUGUAUUAUAUACCUGUAAGCAACAAUGGGGAUGGAGACAUCGCUGAUAUUAUCAGGAUUAUGGGUCUGAAAGUCUUUACCAAUCUCCAUUACCGGAAACCAGAAGUAUGUUCAACGGAGAGAAUGAUGCCAUUCCCUAGGCCACUGUAUCUUGGAAUCAAAGACUAUGCACCGAUGUACAGUGCCGCAUCUAGAAUUGAAGUCACGGAGAAGAAUGUUAACUAUGUAGAACGGGCUAUGAUGGAAACAGUAAGAACAUACUUUCCAGAGACAUGGAUAUGGGACCUCGUCAGUGUUGAUUCCUCAGGUUCAGCAAAUCUUUCAUUCCUCAUCCCUGAUACUAUAACCCAAUGGGAGGCAAAUGGCUUCUGUGUGAAUGGUGAUGCUGGAUUUGGCAUUUCAUCAACAACUACUCUGGAAGUCUCCCAAUCUUUCUUUGUUGAAAUGACCUUGCCCUUUUCAGUUGUUCGAAAUGAACGAUCUGAUUUGAUUGUCAAUAUCUUCAGCUACCUGAAUACAUGUGUAGAGAUAUCUGUUCAACUGGAACCAUCUCCAGUUUUUGAGGCAAAUAUCAGGACCCCUAAGAACAAUGGCAGUGAAGUUAUCCAAGCUGGAGAGAGGAAAACAUAUGUCUGGACUCUUAUACCUAAGAAACUGGGGAAAGUCAACAUCACUGUAGUUGCUGAGUCCAAACAAAGUAGUGCUUGCCCAGAUGAAGCGUCUGAGCAGCAAAAUCCGAACUGGAAAGAUACUGUGAUCAAAAGUUUAUUGGUAGAGCCUGAAGGUAUUGAAAAAGAAAUGACUCAAAGUUUCCUUAUCUGUACAAAAGGUGCCAAAGCCUCCAAGCAGGUAGUUUUGGAUUUGCCAGACAAUGUGGUAGAAGAAUCAGCAAGGGCCUUUUUCACUGUUGUGGGGGAUAUUCUAGGGCUUACAAUGCAGAAUCUAGAGAAUCUUCUCCAAAUGCCCUAUGGAUGUGGAGAGCAGAACAUUGCCCUGGUGGCAUCUGAUACCUAUGUCCUUGACUAUCUGAAAGCUACUAAACAAUUGACAGAGGAAGUUAAAUCUAAGGCUUUCUUUUUCUUAUCUAACGGUUAUCAAAAGCAGUUGUCUUUCAAAAACUCUGAUGGUUCAUAUAGUGUGUUUUGGCAGAGGAAUCAGAAAGGAAGCUUAUGGCUCAGUGCCCUUACUUUUAAGACAUUAGAGAGAAUGAAGAAAUAUGUUUUCAUUGAUGAACAAGUUCAAAAACAGACUUUGAUCUGGCUUUCAAGCCAACAGAGAAGUAAUGGAUGCUUUAAAAGUGAUGGCAAACUUUUCAACAAUGCCUGGGAGGGUGGAGAUGAAGAGGACAUUUUACUCACCGCAUACAUUGUUGGAGCAUUCCUUGAAGCUGGGCUCAAUUUCACUUUUCCUGCUUUACGAAAUGGGCUCUUUUGCCUAGAGGAAGCAUUGGAAAAUGGUGUCACUAAUGGCUAUAAUCAUGCAAUUCUAGCUUAUGCUUUUGCAUUAGCUGGAAAAGAGGAGCAGGUGGAAUCCUUACUGCAGAUCCUGGAUCAAUCUUCUACAAAAAUAAAUGAUGUGAUAUAUUGGGAAAGAGCAAAGAAACCCAAGACAGAAGCAUCCCCAUCCUUUAUUCCCCGAGCACCUUCUGCUGAGACUGAGAAGACUUGCUAUGUGCUGUUGGCUGUCAUUUCCCGGAAAACUCCUGACCUCACCUAUGCUAGCAAGAUUGUGCAGUGGCUUGCCCAACAGAUGAAUUCCCAUGGAGGCUUCUCUUCCACCCAGGACACUGCCGUCUGUCUUCUUGCCAUAACCCGCUACAUGGUGCUAACCUUCUCUAAGGAUCAAAACACUGUCACCAUUAGCAGUGAAGAAUCCAAUGAGAUUUUCCAGGUUAACGGUGACAACCGCUUACUGGUCCAACGUUCAGAACUAACAAAAGCACGUGGACAAUACACAGUAGAUGUGGAAGGACAGGGUUGUACAUUUAUCCAGGCUACCCUAAGGUAUAAUGUGCUACUACCUAAAGAGGCAUCUGGAUUCUUCCUUUCCUUGGAAAUGGUAAAGAAAAACUCUUCAGAUAUGUUCCAGAGUAAUUUUGACCUGACGGUAACCCUCAGAUAUACUGGAAUUCGCAAUAACUCAAAUAUGGUCCUUGUUAAUGUAAAAAUGCUCUCAGGAUUUACUCCAGUCAUGGCAUCCAUUGAGGAGCUUGAAAACAAUGGCCAAGUGAUGAAGACAGAAGUCAAGAAUGACCAUGUUCUGUUCUACUUGGAAAAUGUUUUUGGUACAGCAGACAGUUUCACCUUCUCUGUUGAACAAAGCAAUCUUGUGUCGAACAUUCAGCCAGCCCUAGCUUUAGUCUACGAUUAUUAUGAAAAAGAUGAAUAUGCCUUCGUUUCUUACAAUAUCAACAGUGUUUCCGUUUCCUAGUGAGACAAAACAAAGCACAGGAAAAGGUGGAAUGCUAUUUACUUUGAACAAACUCAUUCUUCUGUAUCAAACCUGGAAGAAAACCAUGAAUCACUUCACAUCCUGAAUAGUCUUCAAUCUACUGUGACUUCUUAUCAGAGAUUAUUUCUUUAUUAUCCCAUUAAAAAUUGUG